UUUUUUUGUGCAAUAAUAUGAGUUAUAAAAUUGGCGCACGACAUGGGUUGAUGACAUGGGCUGAUUACUGAUAUCCUAAGCCCUCACCACGAGGAACAACAAAAAAGACACGUAACAGCAGUCAUGUCUCUCUCAGGACUUUCCGGUUUCACUCCACAUUUAAAGCGGAAAAGAUGAGUGCUUGUCCGAUUUAUUAAAAAAAAAAAAAGAAAGAAAGAAAUGGCCAAAAAGAUGAUGUAAAAUUCCAAUGAAGAAUGGGGGAAGUGGGAAAGCCUCAACCCUGAAAUAUUGUCUCUCAUACUUGUAAGAAUCCCAGCUGACUCGAGGGUGGCAACCGCCUCUUUGGUCUGCAAGUCCUGGAUGGCCUGUGUCUUGGGUCCCUUUUGUUGGGCCGACACUGACAUCCAAGAGUGCUGCCGCAGCCGCUACCUCCCAGUCGAAUACGUCAAUUCUGCUGUCAGGAAGCUCGUCCGUCGCAGUAAGGGCACUUUCCGCCUCCUCUCUGCCUUCCGCCUUGGUGACACUGGCUUCGCUUUUGCGGCUAACUGUGGAAGAUAUCUUAAAGUGUUGGAGAUUCCCACGAGUGAAGUAAAUGACAAGAUAGUUGAAAAGUUUGCAGAAUCACUUGCAAAUUUGACUGUCUUGGAUAUCAGCUACUGUUUGAAGAUUACUCACGUAGGCAUUGAAGCAGUGGGGAAGAACUGCAAAUCCUUGAUUCAGUUGAAGAGAAAUAUGCCCCCACCAGAAUUGGAGAGAUUUUCAAGCAUAUUAAAGCUCGAUGAUCGUGAGGCAAUGGUCGUAGCUGAUACAAUGCCAUUGCUCCAGGAUCUUCAGCUUGGUUUUGGCUGUUUUGGUGACUUUGGUCUUUAUGCCAUUCUUGCCGAGAAUAAGUGUCACAGUUCUAAGGAAGAGACAUGAAUUUCACAUCGGUUGUGUUCUAGAGUUAGUCAUGGGAUAUAAGAGUUCAUACCACUUUCAAUUUGUAAAACAUUUUUUGUGGGACAAAACC